GAGAGCGACAAGCCCAUUUCCAUAUUCCCCCCCAGGGGCUUAUAUGCGUGGCUGAGAGCGAAGCAGAGUGUGACUCGGCGCGACACCUCGGACACCUUCGGACUAGCGAGAAAGAAGUCGUCCGUCUCGGUCCGGCUCGUCUGUUUUUUCCACCCGAACUCCGCACAAACAGGCUUGAGAACAAGAAAAGGGAAGGAAAUUCAACUGAGAAGCGUGAUGCCAUCCAACAAGUACUCCUCCGCUAUCAUGGCGGAAAGUGACAAGAUGACAGCCACGGCUGCUGUGAAUGGUGACAUGUCUGCAGUAGAGGGUUUGUCAGAGAAUAACAGUGGCUUGGAAAUGACCAAUGAGAAUAGCCCUCUGACUGGGGCGGAGCCACCCUCACCUUUCAGCCCCAAACAGAACGGGGGUGCAGCAUCACCUGCAGAUGAGAGUGUGAACAGUCUGAGGAGGAAGAGGUCUCGGAAGCGUUCUGAAUCAGAGUAUGACAGCGUGUGGGACUCCUGCAGCGAGGAAAAGGCUGAUCUGGGCUCAGAUUGCGGCUCAGGCCUCAGACAGACACCCCGUCCCAGGACCAUCUUCCAGGCAGGACUAACAGCUCGCGCUAAACCGCGUAACAGAGAGAGGGGCCGCGGCAAGCAGGAGCCCACCAGCUUGGUCUCUUCUCUACCUGAAGGUCCCAGGCUGGAGCUGAUGGAGCAGGACUCUAAAGACUCAGCUCAAAGCAGCGCCACAUCCACCUCCACUACUGACACGGCCAGCCAGCCUGAGUACAAUGACAAUAAGGGAUUUGGAAUAGGGGAGCUGGUGUGGGGUAAAAUUAAAGGCUUCUCCUGGUGGCCCGGGAUGGUGGUGACCUGGAGAGCCACGGGGAAGAGGCAGGCGUCCCACGGCAUGCGCUGGCUUCAGUGGUUCGGGGAUGGCAAGUUCUCAGAGGUUUCUGCGGACAAGCUGGAUUCCAUCACUGCGUUCUCCAAGUUCUUUAACCAGUCCUCCUACACCAAGCUGGCAUCGUACCGAAGAGCCAUAUUCCAGGCCCUGGAGAUGGCCAGUAUACGUGCAGAGAAGACAUUUCCUCCGUGUGAAUCUGAUAAUCCAGAGGACCAGGUGAAGCCCAUGCUGGACUGGGCUCACGGUGGCUUCCUGCCCAAGGGCAAGGAGGGCCUGAAACCCAGAGAGAACUCUGCUGAGUGCUGUUUGUUCCCGGCAGCUCCGGAGAGUGGAACGCUGCAGGCUCAGCUGCUGGAGUCCAAUCCACCAGAACUCGCGCCGUCCGCCAAGAGAGCCCGCCUCAGCCUCUGCAAGGCCAAGACCUCCAAUGAGGACAUCUACAGCAGAGAACAAAUGGUUCAUGAAGCCUUGAAGAAUCACAGAAGUAUAGAAGAGUUCUGCCUCUCUUGCGGGAAGACGAGAGCAGCAACCUUCCACCCGCUGUUUGAAGGAGGCCUUUGCCAAGCAUGCAAGGAUAUAUAUCUAGAGAUCUCCUACAUGUACGAUGAUGAUGGAUACCAGUCGUAUUGCACGGUGUGCUGUGGAGGCCGAGAGGUGUUGCUGUGUGGGAACGCCAACUGCUGCAGGUGUUUCUGUGUGGACUGCCUGGACCUGCUGGUGGGCGCUGGAGCAUCAAACAGUGCGCGGGAUCUGGACCCGUGGCUGUGUUACAUGUGCCAGCCGCUGCAGCAGUACGGAGUGCUGAAGAGACGGCAUGACUGGAGCCUCAAACUGCAGGAGUUCUUCGUCAAUGACAACGGACAGGAGUUUGAAAGCCCAAAAAUUUACCCAGCAGUCCCAGCAGAACAAAGACGUCCAAUUAGAGUUCUCUCUCUGUUUGAUGGCAUCGCCACAGGUUAUUUGGUGCUGAAGGACUUGGGCUUUAAGGUGGAUAUGUACAUCGCCUCAGAAGUGUGUGAGGACUCCAUAUCUGUGGGGGUUGUCCGACAUGAAGGAAAAAUCAAAUAUGUGCACGAUGUUCGGAACAUCACCCGGAAAAAUAUUGCUGAAUGGGGACCGUUUGACUUGGUGAUUGGUGGAAGCCCCUGUAAUGAUCUCUCAAUAGUUAACCCAGCCAGGAAAGGCCUCUACGAGGGGACUGGCCGCCUGUUCUUCGAGUUCUAUCGUCUGCUGAGCGAAGCAAAGCCAAAGGAAGGAGAAGACCGGCCCUUCUUCUGGAUGUUCGAGAACGUGGUUGCAAUGGGCGUCAAUGAUAAACGAGACAUCUCCCGCUUCCUUGAGUGUAAUCCAGUGAUGAUAGAUGCCAUUGAAGUGUCAGCUGCUCACAGAGCAAGAUAUUUCUGGGGCAACCUGCCAGGAAUGAAUAGGCCUCUCUGUGCCUCCGGGAUGGAUAAGCUGGAGCUACAGGACUGUUUGGAGCACGGCCGCGUUGCCAAGUUCGGAAAGGUGCGUACCAUCACAACCCGCUCUAACUCCAUCAAGCAGGGUAAAGACCAGCACUUCCCCGUCAUCAUGAACGGCAAAGAGGACAUCCUGUGGUGUACCGAGCUGGAGAGGAUUUUCGGGUUUCCUGUCCAUUACACAGACGUGUCCAACAUGGGCCGUGGCGCCCGGCAGAAGCUGCUGGGUCGCGCCUGGAGUGUGCCGGUGAUCCGGCACCUGUUUGCCCCGCUGAAGGACUACUUCGCCUGCGAAUAACCGCCCGGGAAAAGAACAAAUCCCCAUCCACUGAGCCCAAAGUCACACUGCUUUAACAUCACAAAACAGGGCACUGAACGGCCUCACGAAAUGCUGAGGAGCAUGCGAGGUUCCGUCGGUGUUUCAUUUCCAGAGAGAGGAUAACUUUAAAGCAGCCCAAGUUAGCUUUUGUCCAGUAGGUGGUGCUGUAGCUGUGAGCCAAUGAGCCUUGUGUUUCAUUUUCAAAAGCCCUGCUGAAGGGAAGACAAGACGCCAUAUUCUGACCAUGGAGCAACUUCAAGCUGGUAAAGUGCUACACAUAAGUACUUCAUUUUCAGGGAGCUAAUUCUCAUAAUGGUGCCUUUUCUACCUUUAUGGACAAAAAGUCUGUUGGACAGGUUUGAAGAUCUCAUCUCAGUGGACGAAGCUGACAUUCUGGCAAAUAAGCUUAUAUUUCACAUGAUGGUCGUGCACUGAGGACUGUAGGGCAUUGUAUGAGGUAUAUACCAGAGUGUUUUUUUUUCCAAAAGUGUGAAUGCCUUUCACAGUAAGCAAACACUGAACAUCAAAUACACUGGUAUAUUAUUAGUAUAUUUCUACAAGGACAUCUUUCUCUGUUUGCGGUCAGUUUUUCAGAAUGGACAUUCAGUUCUUCUGAUUUACUGUCACUGCUGAGAGACCACUUCAAUAUUUCUAAUAGAAAAGACAUUUCAAAGUACCGUAACCUUUUUUGUUGCAAAUAAGACAAGUGAAAUGUCAGGUUAUUCGCCAAAAUGUCAGAGAUGUCCAUGAAAACUAGUGGAUUUACGCGUAGGAAAAAAAAGAAGUCGGUCAUGCCAAAGAUCAGAUGACAUUGACUUUGAGUCUUCAUUUCAACGUCGUGGUUUCUAGACUUUUCAAUCUAGUUUUCUAGAUUUCAUUUUACAUUAUUUUUCAAUCAUAACACCAAUGCUGCCAGAGAGAGGCGGCUUUUAGAGAUACAGUGUCAUUCACAACAUUUUCUCUUAUUGUCUUUAAUUUCAGUGGACCAUUGAUGGGAUGUUGUUAUAUGUGUGAUGAGAAGGGACUCUUUUUUGUGUCCUUUGACGAGCAUUUGUAUUGUGUUCCUUGUACUGUAGGUUUAUUCUCAAGGAAAUACUUGAAAAAAGUGAGUCAGUGCAAAAACUAAGCUGUGAGGCCACAAAAAAUACUUUUACAAAGAGGUUUUUUAAAGAAUCCAUGCUGUAGGAAAGCUAAAUGGUUUUACUCUGUACAAUUUUAUUCCACAUGGUUGACUUAAGGUGCUGAUUUAGUUAGACUUUUAAAAUAGUAAGAAUAGUAAGAAAAAUCUAUAAAGGAACAUUUUUAAACAGUCUGUAUGUCACUGACACUGCAAAACAAUGAUAGUCAUAGGCAAAAGUUUGAACACUUCCAGUCAAAUUAUAUGUUUUGUUGAAUUUUCAGGUUAAAAUAAGUUAACACACCCUCUACAGGAAACAAGCUUAAAUAUGACUUUUUUUUCUGGCAAUUUUUUAUGCACGCUUUCUAUUUAUUUGCUGAGUUUGGAUUUUUUUUUUGGUAAAAAUACAAGAAAAAAUAUAAAAUGUGUGAUAAGUUUUGCACAAGCCACAUUUUAUGUUUUUUUUAACAACAUGUUAAAUUCAGCAAAUAAACAGUAAAUGCGCAUUAAAUUGAUGUGAACAGUGUUCUUUGUAGAGGAUGUGUAAUUUUCAAAACAUAAUUUGACCAGGGUGCAAAACUGUGCAUACGAGUAUACACAAACUGGCACAUAUAUAUAUGUGAAGUUACUUUUUUGGAGAUACGUGGUUUUCUUCCGACAGCAGUAAUUAUAUAUAUAUAUAUAUAUAUAUAUAUAUAUAUAUAUAUAUAUAUAUAUACACACUCACAUAUACACAACUACACGGCAUUGCCACAAAAUUCUACACACCAAAGUUCAAAUUCUCUACCUGUACAAAUCAUUUUUAGUGAAUAAUUGCAGGUAAACGUUAUCACUGUACUGUGUUUUCUUCAGCAUGUUUACAUUUCAGCUGGUUUUCAGGGCCUUCACAUGUGCCUGUUCUGGAAUUGUAUUUUGCAAAUCAGCUAAGCACCAAUUCUGGUCAAAACGAUACCCUAGUGUCCUUCUCGUUUAGUCGUGUUGGACACCGUCUCACAGCUGGUUGCAUUCUUAUGUUUUUUAUCAGCCAGUGGUGUUUUGAUUAGACACACUCUUACAGUUUACAGCUGUUUUUUCAAACGUUCACUUGUGGUGCCUUUUAAAGAGUAACCCAGACUGCGGCUUCUUGCUUGCUUAAUAAGAGACACCCUUAAGCACCAAUACAUACAUUCACAUACACAUACUUCAGAACAACUACUGUCUAGACUCAAAGCUUGAAAAUAUUAACCUUUUAUAAGACAGUAAGCAGACUUUUAUUGGUUUUAGUGUGUUAUAUAGUAGUUUUAGCCACUUAUAUAUUUUUUUCAUUACUUAAAAAAAACAUCCUACUAAAGCUUUUGCUUAAUAGCUGAAAAGAUAUAUGUACAAAUAGCACUGCCUACCUUUUAACAUUUUGUAGACUUUAUAUUGUAGUGUGCUGUUUUAAUAUUUUUGUAAUCCUAACAUUUUACAUUGUCGUUCUUUUAAAUAUGAUGCAUGAAAGUUGAUCAUCCGCUUCUUAUUCGGUAACAUAAUGAGCACAUUAAUGCUGAACACGUGUAUGUUAACAGUACUUUUAUACAGAGCCCAUUCGGGAACAUGUUUGAUAAACACCCCUUGACUUUAUUUUUAUACUUUUGUACUUUUGUAUGCUUUUGUAUUCGUUUUCUUUGCAGACAUGUACACCAUUAAAAAACGUAACAAAAAAAAAAGAUGUUAGUGGCAUUGACAACACCAAUAAAGAAGAUAUGA